AGAUAAAAUGGCGGAUUGCCAUUAUUCACCGGUAGUUGCUUCAAAAUAAGCUAAAGAAUUGAGAUUCAAAAUAUACAAGUGAAAUCCAUACUAAAAUAUAUAUUGUGCAAUAGUUAGCUAGCACGUUUUUAAAUGCUAAAUAUAUAUCAAAAUCUUACAUUUUAUAUGUAUUUUACCUGAUUUUGCUACAUUCUUUUUAAAUCAUUAUUUAUGUUUAAUUAUAUUAUAAAAUGUAGGAAGGGUAUCAUAUAUAAGAAUAAAAAUUUAUAUGGUAAUUAUAAUUAUAAAAUAUGAUCAUUUCUUUAAACUUUAUUAGUUACAUAUUUAAUAUAUAGUGAAGUUUAUAUUUAAUCUGUCGGAUUAUACAUACGUAUGUGUUAAAGUUUUCUGAAUUUAAAACAAACCUUGCGUUUUAAAAGUACAGUUGUAAAAAUGUCUACUACGUUAGAUGUAAAUGAUCCAUUAAAGGAUGAAGAAUUAAUAGAAAAUUGUCAGCACUUUAAAGAACGUGCAGAGCGAAAUCGUCAAAAAGCAUUACUUUUAAGAAAAUCUAAAAUAGUUUCUCAUCCUUAUGUAAGGAGUGAAAACGAAGAUUCAGGAAAGAGUACAUCUUAUAAAGUUCAAGGACAACGUGUUAUAGAUAGUGGAGGAGGUUUUCUUAUAGAAGAAAGUGAUGAAUUAGAACAACAAAUGUUAGAAAUAAUAUCACAACCUGCACCUAUUCUUAUAGAUUUUCCUCAUUGCGAUGAAUGUAAGAAUGAAUUUAAAGACUCAUAUCUACUACAAACAUUUAAUUUAUCUGUAUGUGAUAACUGCAGAGAUCCUAAGGGCAAGCACUCUUUAAUUACAAAAACAGAAGCAAAACAAGAGUAUUUAUUAAAAGAUUGUGAUUUGGAUAAAAGAGAACCUCCAUUAAAAUGUAUUACUAAAAAAAAUCCCCAUAAUGCAAAUUGGGGUGAAAUGAAAUUGUAUUUGCAACUACAAAUAGAACAGAGAGCUUUACAAGUAUGGGGUUCUGAAGAAAAAUUAUUGAAGGAAAAAGAAUUACGUGAUGUUAAGAGGGAAGGAGCUAAAAUAAAAAAAUUUAACAAAAAGAUUAAACAAUUAAGAAUGCAAGUCAGGAGCUCGUUAUAUGAUAAAACAUCAAAAGCUUCUCAUAUGCACGAGUUUGGAGAAGAUACAUAUAAUGAACAUGAUGAUACAUAUACACACACUUGCAAUACUUGUGGAUAUGAAGAAACAUAUGAAAAAAUGUAAAUUUUGUAAUAAUGAAUUUUAUAGCAAUUAUUG